AAGACGAAAAUCUUACCAAGGGGGUUCGUGUGCGUUGAGUUCGCUGGAGAAGAAAAACUCAAUUCAGCCAAGCGAGCUUGCCUUCACUUUCAAAGAUUAACUCGCCCUCCAGACUUUGGACUACAAAGCAAAUGUAGUUACACCUUAGCAGGAAAGCUGUUAAGGGAAUGUCUUAUUGCAAAACCCAGCCGCAGGAAGCAGGACACGGCUGAAGUGUGCUGGCCCUUAGGCCUGGCCUCAAGGAAAGGGCCGCCGGAGCAACUAUUCCCUACAUAGCCAACCAAGACAGCCGUGGUUGAGCUGGGACCACGUCCCUGCUCUGGGAAACUGCCACCCCUUCAGACACCGUCAUGCCUGAAGGAGAGUUCAGCCGCCAACCGGCCAGGCUGUUGGGCCACCUCUAGCGGCAUCGCUGGCUUGGAAUGAGAGAAAUGGUCUCCCCGAGUCUCGGAUGGAGAACAGAUUCUCAUCUUUCUGGUUACCGAUCUUUAAUGGUGACAUCCCCUCCCCUCCCCCUACCAUGGUUUUGCCAGUGAGAAUGACCGGGCAUGCCCUGUGCUCAUGAUGGAAAUAGAUAGACGACUGGAAAAGAAACUGAAAAUCAGCCAAAAAGAAAGCAGGAAAUCCAAGUCCCCACCCAAAGUGCCGAUCGUAAUUCAGGACGACAGUCUUCCUUCGGGCCCUCCUCCGCAGAUUCGGAUCUUAAAGCGGCCCACGAGCAACGGGGUACUGACUAACCCCAACUCCACCAGCCGACCUGCCUUCCCAGUGAAGACCCUGGCCCAGAGGGAAGCCGAAUACGCAGAGGCCAGGAAGCGGAUUCUGGGCAGCGCCAGUCCGGAAGAGGAGCAAGAAAAGCCUAUCCUUGACAGGCCCACAAGGAUCUCCCAGCCGGAAGACUCGAGGCAGCCCAGCAAUGUGAUCAGGCAGCCGCUGGGCCCCGACGGUUCGCAGGGCUUCAAGCAACGCAGAUAGGCUUGGCUGGCCGACCAGCCGGUAUGAAAGCAGGGUGCUCCCCUUCCUCAGCAGACCAAUGGACUUGAACCACAGGGGCGGGACUUGCCCGAAGCGUCCCCUUGGCUCUUUGCUGCCUCUCGUGACCCUCAGCCCAGGCACUGGGACUCCUGCUGCGCCUCCCCGUAGAAUUGACAUGCCAAGGUGGGCGCACCGUGGGAGGAGCAGGCAGCGGGGCAGGCUUCUCCUCCGGGGGACCGGGUUGCUGCAACUUGCCUGCUGAAGCGAGGCUUCCCGCCCCUCACUCCCCAACAAAGGAAUGACUUCUCCCGUCGGCUCCCUCUGGCAUGGGAAGCAGGAGGGAUGGGGAGGGCUCUGCUUCUCAACAUGUGCGUGUCGGUGCGUGUUACAUUUGGAGCAAGGCGGAAACGCGACGGGUGGGCAGAAGGUGUACGCAAAGGUUUGAUCCUUUGCUUUUGGGGUGGGGGGACGGGAUGGCUUUGGAGCCCUCACGCACGGGAAGUAGAAGCAGCAGCAGAAGAAAAGAAGGGGUGUGUUAGCUGUUUAACGUGUUUUAUCUCUUGAGAAACGGUAGUUGCUAGUGUUGAGAGAAGAGGGGAGUUGAGAGAAAGCGGCGGUGGGCGACUCUUCCUCUUCCUGCUUGCUGCCGCUUUGGAACGAACAAAUGGAGGAGGAGGAGGGCGCGUGUUGGGCCCGUCUUCCUACCGGGCCAGCUCCGCCGCUUCGUGAGCUCCGGCAAGAGACCCCAGCGCCUCUGCCUCCGUGGGAUGGAGUUUGGGAGCCCUCCCGGUCUCGACCGGCACUCCCUUGCGCCUCUUGGUGCUGCUUCCAGACAAAGAAUGGGGGGAGGCCUGCUUUUCGCCACUAGGACUCUUGAGCUAGGAAUAUAGAGUAGUUCCUGUCUCCCAUCGUGUCCUGCUCGGUCCUCGGGAGGAUGCCCAAGUGUUGCUUGCGCUGGCCAUGGACGUCAGGCCGAGCUGGUGAGGCGUUUGGCCCCGUUCGUUCUUGGGGUCAGUCCGCUAUUUGGAAGGCAAAGAAGCGGGCGGACGGGCGGGCGGAGAAGGAGCAAGGUCUAGAAGUCGGAAAGAAGGUCUCGAAACAGGACGGGUCACCAAAGACUCCAAAAGUCUUGAAUCACGGGCCUAGAUGCCGCCGUUAGGAACCAUUUUCAAGAUGGCCUCCCCCCCCGCCCCCCGGGGGGGAAGAAUGGAUUUGCAGUGAUGGGAAGGCUCACUCCGUGCCUGGCAGGGCCUCAAGCAAUACUCCUUUUAGCUUUUUCCCAGGUGGUCAGACAAAAACAAAAAAAACACUGGAGGGGGCUGGUUAGGAGACCCCUGCCCCGCGCGGCAAAUGCCAAGUGUCAGGACCAGCUGGGGCUUUGCUCCUUAGCAGCCAUAUUUGAGUG